AUGAUCAUUACUGGAAACAAUAAUGUUCUUCUUGACAAGCUCAUUGAUCAGUUGAAUAGAGUGUUUCGUAUGAAGGAUUUGGGAUCUAUUCAUUACUUUCUUGGUGUUCAAGUUCAUCAUCAUGAAGACGGCUUGUUCCUUAAUCAAGAAAAGUAUGUCACUGAUCUUCUCAUCACAGCCGGAAUGCAAGAUUGUGCCCCUAUGAUCACUCUGUUGCCUCUCAAGCUUGAUAAGGUCCCUGGCCAAGAUAAACCAUUCUCUGACCCCUCAUACUUCCGGAGCCUAGCUGGUAAGCUUCAAUACCUUACUCUCACCAGACCAGACAUGCAGUUUGCUGUUAACUUCAUCUGUCAGAAGAUGCACAUGCCUAGUCAAUCCAAUUUCGCUCUGCUCAAACGCAUUCUUCGCUAUGUCAAAGGCACUCUUGCAAUGGGAAUCGGGAUAAACGCAAACACUGACUCCACUCUAAUCUGUAACAGUGAUAGUGAUUGGGCAGGGUGCAAGGAAACAAGAUGGUCUACUGGUGGAUUGUGUACUCUUCUCGGCUCUAAUGUCAUCUCGUGGUCUGCCAAAAGGCAUGAUACAGUCUCCAAGCCUUCGACUGAGGCUGAAUACCGUACUAUGUCUGCUGCGGCUUCUGAGAUUGUUUGGCUUCAGAAUCUUCUUCGUGUCAUGGGUCUCCAACAACAGAGAACUCCUCUUCUGCUGUGUGACAACCUCUCCGCCGUGUGUCUUGCAGAAAACCCGAUGUUUCACAAACGCACCAAACACUUUGAUGUUGACUUUCACUACGUCAGGUAG